CCUCCUGACAACAUGAGGCCCAGCAGCUUCUUGGUCCUGGCGGUUUUGGUCAUCCUCGGGGCGCUGGCAGUGCACGCAGCUGUCGUUGGAGUGCCUCACAAAAGUCAAGAAGUGGACCAUGGUCAUGUUGUGGUCCAAGGACACGGUCACUCCAAAGAUCAUCAUCAUCAUCCAGGCAAAGGGAAGGGUCCGGGCAAAAACCAAGGCGCACACAAAUUUCGCAGUAAGCCUGGUGCCUGCCCCGAGGUCCUGAUCAGGUGCGCCAUGCUGCACCCCCCGAACUCCUGCCUGAAGGACUCGGAGUGCCCGGGGGCCAAGAAGUGCUGUGAGGGCUCUUGCGGGAAGGCUUGUCUGAAUCCCCGGUGAGGUGGAGCCAGUCCUUGCCGCUCCUGUGAAGUCGCCAGGGCUGCCGUUUCUGGUCCCUACAGCCCUCUCCCACACUGAGCAUUCUUCCUCUUACUGGGCAUGCCCAAGCCUAGGGCUGCUUCUCAAAUUGACUUUCU